CUGAAACUCAUCUGUCUGUCGAAAAUGGGCCUGGAACUCCCUCCUGUGUUGGGAUUAGGUCUUGGGGGACCCGGGGUGGAGUUACGGCACUUGCCGAUUUUCAUAUUCAUUAGAAAUGGGAGGUUGCAUAAGGAGCCCCGCUGAGCUUCAAGAUAUAAAGCAACUUCGGGUUCCCCCUCUCAAGACAAGACAAAUCAAAGGCUCAGAGGGAAAGCAGCUCCCUGAGCUCCGAGCGCCUCUCCCUCUGUCCUUCCCUCCCAUCCACUCCCCCUCCCCUGCUCACAGUCCGGCCUCUGUCUAGGGAGAGGCUCUCUGGCAGCCUUAGAUGAUUAUGGAUUUUCUGAGCGAGAAGUUUGCCCUGAAGAGCCAGCCGAGCAAGAACAGUGACUUUUACAUGGGAGCAGGAGGCACUUUGGAGCACGUUAUGGAAACUUUGGACAAUGAGUCCUUUUAUAGCAAAACGUCAGGCAGCAAAUGCGUGCAGGCCUUCAACCCUCUGCAAAGGGCUGAGCAUCAUGUGAGGCUGGACAGGACAUCGCCCUGCCAGGACAACAACGUGAACUAUGGGAUUACUAAAGUGGAAGGACAGCCUCUUCACACGGAGUUGAACAGGCCCUUGGACAGCUGCAACAACCUGAGGAUGUCUCCAGUGAAGGGGAUGCAGGAGAAGGGGGAACUGGAUGAACUGGGUGAUAAGUGUGACAGCAAUGUCUCCAGCAGUAAGAAGAGGAGACACAGAACAACUUUCACCAGUUUGCAGCUGGAGGAACUGGAGAAAGUCUUCCAGAAAACUCAUUACCCUGAUGUCUAUGUGAGGGAGCAGCUAGCUCUGAGGACAGAGCUCACUGAGGCCAGAGUGCAGGUUUGGUUCCAGAAUAGAAGAGCAAAAUGGAGGAAAAGAGAACGCUAUGGGCAGAUCCAGCAAGCUAAGAGCCAUUUUGCUGCCACUUAUGAUAUAUCUGUUCUUCCAAGGACUGACAGCUAUCCUCAGAUUCAGAACAAUCUGUGGGCGGGGAAUGCGGCUAGUGGUUCUGUGGUUACUUCCUGCAUGAUACCACGAGAUACUUCCUCCUGUAUGACACCUUAUUCUCAUUCACCUCGGACAGAUUCUGGCUACACAGGCUUUUCAAACCACCAGAAUCAGUUCAGCCACGUGCCUCUCAAUAAUUUUUUCACUGACUCUUUACUUUCUGGGGCAACCAAUGGACAUGCCUUUGAAACCAAGCCGGAAUUUGAAAGGAGAUCUUCCAGCAUUGCAGUUCUACGGAUGAAAGCCAAAGAGCACGCUGCCAAUAUUUCCUGGGCUAUGUAAUAUAGCUGUACUCUUUCUUCAUAUCUUUUUUUUUUAAUAGUAAACUGAAAACAUUUUUAUUUUCCAUAUUUAAAGGACACAACAAUAAGCUGCUGUGUGUGGAAUGCUAGAACUCACAAUAUACAUGACGUCUGCUUCAAAAAUGCAAUAUCAUAUUUAACAAUAAAACUUAAAAAUAAACCAUAUAAAUUUACCAUGCAUCAAGUUCAACAAACCCUCUUUGUUUUGGUUUUUAUAUAGAAACGCAUUUUGUUGUACAAGUUGAUGAAAUAUGAUUAUAGAACCUGCAAAAAAAGAAUAAAAUUAUUAAGCAAA